GUUUAAGAAAGCUGGUAUUUGGGCCGGUGGGAGAAAGAGUUAAUCCUAUGCCCGGGCCAAAUGCGGCCCAAUCAACCCCUGUUCACCAACACAAACACACAGAUAUCCAGCGCUGACGCCAUUGCAAUAGCUUCGAUUCUGCUGCGGAGAAGUAAAUUAAUGGAAACCGGUGGUUUUAAUCGAGGGAAAAUCAAGGCGGAGGAUGUGAUCUCAAAGAUCAAAGACGACGGCGACUUCGAUCGGCUCCGCCUCAAAGUCGUCCGGAAAGUGAAAGAAGAUGAAGAGCUGCGUGAUAGUCUCAUGUUAGCUGUGAGGCAAUCAAAAGCACUUAAUCAUCCGAGUGCCAAAAGAUUGAAACCAAGGCAACUUUCUGAUGCCAUAUAUCAAGAAGUUGGGUCGAAAGUCAUGAGUGAAAUUUCUGAUGGUAUCUGGAAGGUAAUUAGAUCUAUGGAUGGCAUGCAGAAUGAAAUAGCAGAAACAGUACAAUCUGUCUGCAAUAAGUUAUUAAACCCAAACAUUAAUGAAGAAGGUGAAACGUCUUAUAAGGCAAAGUCACAGUCAGAUGAGAAGGGACUUGAAAGUAAUGGCCAUACUAGAAGCGAAAUCAAUGGUAAACUAUCUGAUGGUGUUCCAAAUGAACCUCCUGGUUCUGUUACGCCUCGUGAUGGGAAUAUAAGAGAGGAAUUCAUUUCAGAGACCCACUGCCCAGGGGAUCGUUUGGGCAACGAUAAUGAGGACGAUACACGUGCACGUCCUCCUGGGUUUUCUAGAGCCAUAGAUCACAAUCAGCUAGUUGAUGGUCCUGAUGAAGAUCUAGAUGUACCUCCAGGAUUUGGUUAAUGCCUCUAUCCUUGACUCUUCUUCACAAGGGGUCAUUAAAGGCAUGGAGUGGACAAACCAAAAUGUUGAUUGUUCCAAUAUUCCUCAAUAGAAGUUCUGAUUGAAGAAGGAAAAUCACAAUGAACAAGGGAGAAAUAUUGUUAUUGGGAUGCAAAAUUGAAAUGAUUAUUACGUGUGUCCCAGAGUAUUUGCUGAGUUUGCCAUUUUACAAUCAAACCGGAUGUCCGGAUGAACUUUGAUCAUCAAUGUAAUAAAAAUUGCAUUGCAUGUUAAUACAAAAGCGAUUCCAUCAUGCAAAAAAACUUUCAUAAAAUUAUUUUAUUGUA